AUGGAAGUUGAAAAAGGCCCAAAAGGGUAUAGGGCCAAGCCCUGGUCUCGUGUUCGUCAUCAAGGCAAAGAUCUCCCCGGUUUACUUCCUCCUCACAUCAAGCUUUAUUUUGAAAGCGUGAACGCCCUACUAGCGUAUUAUAUCACAUUUGAAUACUCUAGCACCCCAAACUAUGCCGGGUCCGUGAUCGCCAACUUUUUUCAACAUGGCACCCGCCGAAACUAG